AGCUGAUCAAAAAUACUUUGAUUUAGGGUUGGAAAAAUUGAGAUUGAACGUACGAUAUCGUUGAGAACUCUAGGCCGCUCGCCAUGAAGCAUCAACGUAUCGAGGAACUUGGCGAAGACGACGGCAUGGCAGAGUUGAGGGCGCGAGUACAUGAAAUCAACCGGCGCUUCAACACACACGAAGAGCGAGGGGCAGCGCUGCGAUCGCUCAUGAUGUCGAGGCCGAAGCAAGCGCCGUCUGCGUCUUCAGCCUGGUCCUCCGACACAAGGCCGAGGCCCUCGAAAACGGCUGCAGUCGAGCCAAGACUGGAGGCACUUCCAGUAGAGCUGGUCGAGAGCAUCGUGCUGCAUCUCGAUCUUCUGGACUUCGGUCGCUUCCGGCAGGCCUGCUCGGCGCUCCAGCAGAAGAGCCUCCCGUUCUUCACCAAGGCGUUCUUCACCACGCGCACAGUGAGGCUUAACUGGCCGAGCAUGCGGCACCUGGCUCUGUUGCAGAUGCAGGCACACCUGGGCACGGCGAUCAAAGACCUGAUCGUCCUCGUGGAGGAGGAGGGUCGCUUCUGCGCAUCGGUCAGCCGCACGGCCAUGCCGCUUCUGCGCCGGACGAGAGACUUCGCGUGCGAGGCUCCGUACGACGCCAACCGGCUCAGACAGAUCGAGACGAUGCUGGACCGCAUCUUCGAGAGGCUUCGCUCGCCGCUGCGCUCUUUGACCGUCCGGGUCACCGGGUCGCCGCGCGGAGCGAGCGGAGGGCGCGGGCGCAUGUCGAACAUGGCGCUUUCGGUCAUCUUCAGCGCCCUUGCUUCGAGUGGCGUGAAGGUGCUGAAGCUUUCCGUUGGCGGCCGGAGCGCGGACGGCGCAAUCAGCUCCGUCUACGCGGACACGUCGCUUGACGGCUGCGAGCCGCUCGACGCCGCGCUGCUAAGAGAGUCGGCGCGUCUCGGACGAGUGCUGGACAGGUUAACCGUCCUGGAGCUGUGCUGGUCUCCUAUCCACCGGUUUGGAUUCGCAGACCUUGCGGACGCGGGCGAGCAAGGCUCUCCCACCGGGUUCCCCAACUCGCUGCUGAGGCUGGCCCCGAACCUGGAGAAGCUCGUUCUUCGAGGCGGUCAGGAGGGACGCGGCGGCGCGGGGCACCGCGGAUCUGUCCCGAGUCUCGAAAGACUCGUCGUGCCCUUGCCGAAGCUGCAGGCGUUGGACCUGUUCACCCCCGCGUUCUUAGUCGAGGGUGGGCAUCUGCAGAUCUUGAGGCAGUUCAAGAGGAGGUGCUGCAACCGUCUCGAGGACGUUGUCCUGCGUGGAUUAACUGGCGUGGACGCUUCUGAGGUAGAGUCUGCGAGGCAGAUGGUAAGAGACGCGCUUGGGCUCCUACGUGCGGAGAUUCAACUUGAUCCGUCGGCGAACGUGGACGAUGGAAGCGAAGACGGCGACGUCGAGAUGUGACGGUAGGCACGGAGAGGGCACCGGUGCGGGGCGGACAACGAAAGAGCAAAGGGAAAGCAGACGCUUAAUCUUCUUUUUUUUUUUUUUUUUUU